CCGUCACCGUCGCCGUGGGCGUCGACCACGCCUUUCCCUCUUUCUCUCUCGUUCUCUCUUUCCCGCGAGGUAAUAAAAUGGAUUACGACAGAAAGUCCGCAACCUCAUCCUUCUACGGCGGUCGCAAAACCUCUAUCGACGCGUUACAUUCCGACUUCCCCGCAUCAGCCGUACAAUAUGGCCAACCUCAUGCUGAGCGCGCUAGACAUGACUCUGCUUCUUCAUUUUACAAUCCGAAUGGACCUUCGAGAGCAAGCGUAGAUAUCUCAUCACCUGGCUAUUCAACAGCAGGUUACAAUCGAAAAUCGUAUUUCCCUGCAGGGAGGCAAGAGCCUGUAAAGGGUGGUUACGAUGAAGAGACGACUGGUCUGAAUGAUGAACCAUUCGACAUCUACGCCGACUUCAACAACCAGGGUCCUCGCUAUUCGACCGUCCUUGGGCAUCAGGACUCUGGUUAUCGACCGGUUUCCUCACCUGCACUAAAGAUGAACGAUGAAGGGUCAAGCAACGCAGGUCCGGUUGAGAUGGUCACUGUGCCAGCUCUUGGUCCAGAAUGGAAAGCAUCUGAACUCCGUGAUAUGACCAAGAGUGGACGAAAAGAGGCCAAGCGAGAACAAAGGGCCGAGAAGUGGAAACAGUGGAAAAGAGGCGAGCGGGGCCUAUGCGGUCGGUACUUCACGAGAAAGUUCACUGCAUGGUUCUUAUUCGUUCUCGUUUGCGCCACUGCGAUCAUCCUGGCAUUCACCAUACCGAGAGUGCCAGCUUUCGCGUUCAACUCCGACACACCACUUACAACCGCUACUGAACCCUUCAACAAAUCUGUACCAUUCAUUUUCUCUAGAGCGCCUGCGAAUUUCAGUUUCCCUUCCUUUGCCGACUUACAGCUCGACACAGGGUCGAAUUUCCUUCCGCUCACUUUCAACAAUAUCCAUGCCGAUAUAUUUGACCUCGUGACAGCCCGCCAGGUCGCCCAAGGUGAUUUGGGACACAUGACUGUUCCAGCAAAGAAAUUCCCUCGUAUCCAGAUACCAAUGAACUUCACAUAUAUCGCAACAAACGAUACCGAUCAGACAUGGGUCAAUUGGUAUAAUGCAUGUCGAAACAAGGCUGCCUCCGCAACGGGCACUCGACCGCCUAUUCAAUUCCGCCUUGUUCUUGACGUCAAGAUCGCUGGCCUCGUUGGUCACCAUUUUGCUUCCACGCAGGUCACCGACGCGCCAUGUCCCGUUGAGCUCCCUCUCAACUCCGUUUAAAUCUGGUGCUCCUGUUUCUCCUUUAUAGUCUGCCUUACAGCCCACACUCUCGUUUUCACCGCUCUCGUCUUUAUCCCCAUUGUUUCUGGAACAUUACACUGGACUCUAUCUGAACGGACAUAAUCCCAUUUGUGUGUUUCUUGUCCCCCGCACCCUUGUCAUGCCUGCAUCUACAUCCUUACUUUUGCAUUCGGUUUCCUCAUUAUUCCCUUUUUGCUCAUAGUCAUGUUGCAACGCGUAGUAGUUAUCUGAGCUCUAAUAUCUAAAGACAGUGAACUCUCCACGAAACGUUGCAUGCCUCGCU